AUGAGCUGUUCCGAACCAUCUAGAGAUGCAGCCACAAACCACGAUGUAGCGGCCGGUCAGCUCGACGUCGGCCCACCGCUUCUUGGCACGGUGACCGCGUCCUCUGCAGCCUAUCCGAGCAGCCAUGUCGACGACAGCAAUGCCGCCAACCCCAAUGACCCCGAGCAGCUCAGCCGAGUGGUCAGCGGGCCACCCUAUAGCGUCUUCACUCCCGGCAUGAAGCGCUACAUCAUCAUCAUGGUCACCUUUACGAGCUUCAUCUCGCCCAUGACUGCCAACAUUUAUUUUCCCGCUCUGGUGCCAAUAGCCGUGGACCUCGACGUCUCCAUUGGCCUCAUCAACCUGACCGUCACCACAUUCAUGAUCUUCCAAGGCAUUGCACCAACACUUGUCGGCGACUUCGGCGACAUGGCAGGACGACGGCCGGCUUUUGUCAUUGCCUUGGCCAUCUACCUCGUUGUCAACAUCGGCCUCGCGCUGCAAAAGAAUUUUGCCGCCCUUUUGGUCUUGCGCAUGCUCCAGAGUGCCGGCAGCAGCGGCACCCUAGCAUUGGGCUUCGCCGUGGUGGCCGAUGUCGCCGUGAGCGCCGAGCGGGGCAAGUACAUGGGCAUUGUGGGUGCCGGCAUCAACGUCGGACCGGCACUGAGCCCCGUGCUUGGCGGUAUCUUGGCGCAGUACCUGGGCUGGCGGUCCAUCUUUUGGUUUUGCUGCAUUGUGACUGCGUGUUUGUUGAUUCCUUAUAUACUGUUGGUGCCGGAAACGGCCCGCAACGUCGUGGGCAACGGCUCCAUCCCGCCGCGCUGGAUCAACAUGACACUGCUCGACUUUAUCCGCCAAAGACGCCACCCUGUGCCGCUGGCCGACCGGCCGCAGCCGCCCAAGACCAAAAUUCGGUUCCCAAAUCCGCUGCGCACGCUCAGUGUGGUGCUCGAAAAGGAUCUGUCCCUGAUCCUCGCCUACACGGCCAUCCUGUAUGUCGUGUUCAUCAUGAUUGUUGCCACGCUAUCGACCAUUUUCACCGACAUCUACCAUCUCAAUGAGCUCCAGAUCGGUCUGUGUUACCUGCCAUAUGGUGUUGGUUGCUGCACGGCAUCGAUCCUGCAGGGCCAUUUGCUCGACUGGAACUACCGCCGCACGGCCCGCAAGAUUGGCUUCACAAUUGACUACCGCCGCGGCGACGACUUGUCCAAGUUUCCCAUUGAACAGGCCCGCCUAUACCCCAUGGCGCCCAUGGUCGCCCUAGGCGUGUGCACGGUCAUCGCCUAUGGCUGGGUGCUCGAGUACCGCCUGCCACUGGCCGUGCCCCUCGUCCUGAUCUUCUUCGUCGGCUUGUUCGUCGUCGGCUCGUUUAGUAUUCUCAGCACGCUUAUUAUGGACCUCUACCCUCAGGCGCCCGCCACGGCCGUGGCCGCGGUCAACCUCGUGCGCUGCCUUUUUGGUGCGGCCGUCAUGGUGUUUAUCGAGUCCAUGAUGGUGCGUUUGGGCCGCGGGUGGAACUUUACCUUUUGGGCGCUGCUGGUUGUCGUGACGUCGCCGACCAUGCUCAUGGUGCUGCGCUGGGGUCCGGGCUGGCGCGAGGCCCGCCGCUUGCGUCUUGCCAAGAAAAGGGCGCAACAUGAAGAGGAGCGUGAAGCGAGAGAGCAGGCGGCCGCCGGACAACGACAAGAAGUGCCCGGUGAGGGAAAUGAGCACGACAACCACGACAACCAUGACGAUCGUGACCCUGGUCAACUCGUUAACCCGGACAGCUCAACGAAAAAUAACUAA